AUUCUUUAUAAAGGCUGCGGCGGACGGCACCCGCUGAGGUGUGAGCAGUUGCUGGAAUCGGUGGCUUGGAGUUCCGGAGCCCGGCGCGGAUUCCCCGAGACAGACACUUUCCGAGCUACAGGCACCAUGUCGGAGCCGUCCCGGGAUGCCCAUCCAAUCCCCCGUGGCAGCAAGGCCUGCCGCCGCCUCUUCGGCCCAGUGGACAGCGAGCAGCUGCACCGAGACUGCGAUGCAUUAAUGGCGAGCUGUGUCCAGGAGGCCUGUGAGCGAUGGAACUUCGACUUUGUCACUGAGACACCUCUGAAGGGCGACUUUGCCUGGGAGCGUGUGCGGGGUCUGGGCCUGCCCAAGCUCUACCUGACCUCGGGGCCCCGGGGGUCCCGGGACGACCUGGGAGGAGGCAAGCGGCCCAGCAGUUCGUCUGCCCUGCUGCAGGGGACAGCUCAGGAGGACCACGUGGACCUGUCACUGUCAUGCACCCUGGUACCUCGCUCCCCUGAGCGGUCUGAAGAGUCCCCAGGUGGGCCUGGCACCUCUCAGGGCCGAAAACGGCGGCAGACCAGCAUGACAGAUUUCUAUCACUCCAAACGCCGGCUGGUCUUCUCCAAGAGGAAGCCCUAACCCGCCACCCACUGGAAGUCUCACGCUGUGGGAAACAGCCCCCUCUUUUUCCCCCCGCAGGAUCCUUCUACAUCUUUUGCCUUAGUCCUUUCAGUUUGUGUGUCUUAAUUAUUAUGUGUGUUUUAAUUUAAACUCCUCCUCAUGUACAUAGCCUGCUUACCUCCACCCUCCCACCCCUGCCAGCCCCUGGCAUUAGAAUUAUUUAAAGAAAACAUUAGACUGCAAAAUGAUAGGCAUAUUAGAUUGCCUGGUAUUUUUAUUAUGCAAACUAUUAUUUAAAAUCUCCUCAUCCUAUGCUCGCUGCUCCUCUCUCCCGGAAGUGAGGUGGGGCUGGUAAGACCCUCACCUGCUAGGUGGUGCUCUUUGGAGGGGCCUGUCUCCCUCUGUUCACUGUCUCAUGGACAGUAUGAAAUUCUGCCCCUUUCCUGCAUUCUCAGGUCCUCGUUCCCUGUAUUUUGAGAAGUAAAGAAAUAGCACUUUGAAGAGGGCCCAGCAGAGUGGGGAUAUCAUCCAAAUUUUUGAGUCCCCUCGCCUCCUGUAAGGUCGGGCAGGGUAACCUUGAAGUAGGCACAGCUUGGAGCAGGGCUGGGGACUGGCACCUUCCUGGCCCUUGAUACUCCACUCUGUCCUGUGAAGGUAUGGGGAAGGUAGGGUCCCGUAGCAAAUCACCCAGCCUCCCCUCGCACCCCUUUGCUGCCCAUAGGGAAGCCAGCCGUGAUGUUUGGCUUCCACCCUGUUGGCUUCCCCGAGUUGGGUCGUUUCUAGGAGCCCCAGAAGGCCCUCUUUCACAGCUGGGCUCUCAAAACCCCUCUGUUCCUCCCCCUCCCCGACCACGUCCUUUCCCUCUAGUCCCCUCUCAGCCCUGAGUGGCAGCUCUGGGAUGCCUGUCCCCCCCAACUCAGUGGACCGGAAGGGGGAGGGACACACUAGAAGUAGGGUUCCCCAGUUCUACCUCAGGCAGCUUGAGCAGCGACCGCCCCCUCUUCUCCGCUCUCAGGGUAGGGGUCCUGAGUGGUUGGGCAGACCUCCUUGAGUGAGGAUCUCUGCAUUAGGAGUACGUGGGUGUGGGGAGUGUCUUUACCUAGGAGGGAGAUUGUGACCUGAAACUCAUCCAAGGACCUUCCCCAACGACCCCACUCCUCCCCCAUUUCAUUGCACUUUGAAUAGCAACUGAGCAAUAAGUCAGGUGUUUUAAAUGGCGGGAGUAGAGGCUGUGGAUCGGGCACAUCAAUGAGCUAAUACGGGCCUGGGAGCUGUGAGUUGUCUUUCCUGGCACUCAACACAGAGCCCCUAGAAGCACUGACGCACUUAGUGGGUCUGACCCCAAACACCUGCAAGCUCCUGUAAUAUCCUGGCCUGGGCUGUUUUCUCCUGGCUCCUCAUGUAUCCUGGUUCUCCUGUCUCCACGUAGACUGUACACCUCUCAAGGGCAGGGACCACGUCCUGUACUGCUCUGUGUACUCCACAGCCCCUCUCACAGUGCUGGUUAUACAGAAGGUGCUCAAUAAAUAUUUCUUGGUGACUUUA